AGGCCCUCGUAUUUUAGUAUUUCCUCCGCGAACAAAAGUUUUCGCUAGUACUCAUUCCCCGUUGUUUUUUUUUCUCGAAAUUUCCACUGCGCCUCUCAGUGUUCACGUCCCCGAUAUUGGGUUCUCUUUGUGUAGAAGCUGCUACCUCAGUUUUGAUUGUGACGGGUUUGUAUUAAUUUUCGUUGUGACGUGAAGGAAUAAGCGCGACGCCGUCUUCGCAAAAGAACGAAAACGCGCGACAUAAUUUGUAACGCACCUUGAACUUCUACUUCAGACUGAUAGAUACAAAUACUCCAUCUAGUACAAGAAAAGUAUCCGCUGCUAUCACUUGAAAAGAAAAUAAACUGACUGAAACGCCACAAUCAACAUUGCUCUGGAUCAAUCGAUAGCUGUGUCUCAGAAGUGCAGAAGUGCAGAGGUAUAAAGAAACAGCAUUCAAUUAGAACGACCUCUGUAUCGAUUUUGACUUUGUAGUGUCUUUGUCUGCGAACAAAGAUACCAACAAAUUAACAAGCUGCAUCGAGGGCAACUACAAGUCCGAUUGCAGCAAGCGGCCAGAGAAGUUUAUUGUCUUACCCGCGACGGACCGGCGCUUUGCGGUCUAGUCCACAGCGCGCGUGCCAGUCACGCGACGUCAAGCAGGGAAAACAUCUGCGUAAUCUACUUGCUAGGAACCCGAACUUCUACUACACCAGGCGGAGGAAAUAGUACGGCGCAAUAGCAGGAGCUUCUUCUGUCAAGCAGGGAGCAGCACUACGAAGUAGUAUUAAAUCCAGCGAUAGAAGAAGUACCAUAAAAUGGGAGAGCGAAUGCAGCAAAACCGGGUCUUUGUGACCAAAAUUCCGCAUGAGCUCAAGGAAGACGACAUCCGAGGCUACUUCGAGGGCUUCGGCAAGGUAUGCGAUUUCUACAUGCCAAAACAGCGGGACGGCGAAGUCGAGAAACACAAAGGUUUGUUUGGUUUUUGAGUAUAAACAAAUAUUUGCCGAAAUCUAAUAUCAGAAGUUUAUUCGUCAAAAGAAGAGAGAUCCCCGAAAGAAAAAAGAGAGAUCCGCCUGUGGUUCCAAAGUUCGAUUCAUCUUCUGGUUUUGUCUCUCUUGUGAGGAGACGAGUUCUCUUAUUUCGAUCUAGAAAUUACUAUUCCUAAACACGACGUCCAACUCGCCGCACAACUGUUGUUUUUUGCGAAAGAUGAAAAACGGGCUCGUGUGAAUUUUUUUCUCUCCGCACGGAAAUUCAAACUUCUCGUGCAAUUUACAAUGAUGCAAGAUCUGAUCCUCCACGAUUUUCGAUUUGGAUUGUGUUUUUCGACAAUGCUAUGAGAUGAAGAAGAGUCUUAGCGAUAAGAAAUGCGAAUGAGUAGGGUCGUGAAAAAGAACAAAUGCAGUUUUAUAAUUCCCGCGAGCUAGUAGCACGUGAGUCGCAGUUAUGGAGUAGCCAGGAAAAUCUGUACCAAGCGAAAGCAGCGAAGAGGUGCGUGUGACUUGUGAAGCAGCGAGCAGGGGAGAUGCACUACGAGACCGAGAUUCUAUAUUCUGAAAGCGACAAAGUACGAGAACAGAAGCGAGAGCAGCUCUCUGUGCUUUUCGUUCCGUUUUGCUUCUCGUGUUGGAGGUGAUCGGCGGUAUCGCAGACCACGGGGAGAUUAUAACAGAGUACACCACUGCUGUGAGCGACAGCAGCCUGGUUUUGGUCUGGUCAUAAUUCGAGGCUGUGGCUCUUAUGUGAAAACAAGAGAACAAUCACAGCGCGAGGGUCAUCUGCGUCAGAACCCCGCGGGCACCGUCGAGAAGCGAAGCGAAAAGUCGGGGGAAAUAAGCUACGAGUGGAAAAAGGUUCAUACCGGCACUGCGAGGAACACCGUAUGGGUAGUUGUACUUAGAUGCACUUACACCUUAUCGGAGAAAGAGUCAGAGCCAGAGCUGGAGAGUUGGCUUGAAUCUCGCUGGACACAGGAUCAAUCUGAAACUGAUUGUGGCAGCGGCCGAGGUCGUGGCUGAGCCUUUUCGAUCGCAAGAUCUUGUGGUGGUUCCAGCUUCUGCUGGACGAGAAGCAGGGUGCGGUUGUGCGCUCUCGUCCUCCGAGAGCAGACCACGUUUGUGCGAAGAUGUAUGGUCGUGAUGCUGGUGGGUCUCCUAGUGACUUGCUGUUGUGAGACAUACAAACAAGUCUUUGCAAAUCAUAAAAUAUCAAAGUAGUGGUCAAGAAGAACACAGCGGCAGGGACCUCUACUUACAUGUUACGAGCAGCAUUCAUCGGCAUGACCAAUUGCAGAGUGAUUUGAGAAGCGUUCUCGUUUUUACAAGAACCGGACAGAUUUUGAAGCACCUACUUGCAAAAGAAGACCAAGGUCGUUAUCGUGCCUUUCCUUCAGUAGUAAAAGAGCGCAUCAACAUCAUCUUCCGCUCGAUUCCUUCUCGUUUUCCCAAAAGUCUCUUGCUUUGCGUUGGAAACCAGUUGUGUCUGGCGGCAAGGGAAGAUGCCAGACGCGAGGGUCGUGAGACGCGAAAGCACAUCAACUAGGCGCAACGUCCACCUCGCGAUGCACGGUGCUGCGAGUGGCAAGCGGCCGGCGCGCCGGCUCUCUGGCGUGAAGGGCAACAGCCAGCCACUGCUCAGGACCACAUUCAUGUCGAAACGAGGGGAUGUUGAAACAAAACGGUUCCGCAGUUCUUUUCCGAAUGAAGCAUCAAGAAAAGUGGGCCAUCACCGUGAGGGUCGUCGUCCGCAGGCGGUGGUCACCAGCAGCUGCUUCACAAGUCACACACACGUCACGCGGCUGGAAAUGCGACCUUCUUCGCUUCGUUUGCGCAUUAUACUGGUUCGCAAGCGCGGAGGAACUGCAGUAAUGGAGAUUCGGUUUGAAAAAUUCUAUCCCUACUAACCUUAUUUCCAGGUAUGGCCUUUCUCUCCUUCGAAGAGCCGGUCGACAAGGAACUGAUACUGCAGAACGCACCACACCAAAUAAUGGGCUACGACAUAGUAGUCGACGACGCAAAGCCAUUACGACAAGGCGGCGGCAGCAGCUCAGCGAGUGCAAUGGACCACUAUGGCGGUGGCUAUGGCGGCGGCUGGUGGGGAAGCAUGUGUACUGACUAUUUGACUUUCAUUUUUACACUGUGUGACGAGGCUGGUUUUUUAUUUUUCGUGAUGUGUACAAAGACAAACAGAAACAAAGUUAAAGUAUCGGAGGAUCAUAGAGAGCUGGUUUUUGGUCUUUUUGUCACGCUGCUCGUGUACAUUAGGCAAACAAAACGACAAAACAGAUGAUGACUGGAUGAUGAAGGGCUGGGGAGGCGGUAAAGGUGGCGGAGGCGGACAAGGCAGCUACACCUCGUCAAAUCACCACAACGAGGACGGAAACAGGGUAUGAUAUUGGUCUGUUUGAACUUAUUGUGUUGCAUAGCACGCCGGUGCAGUUGCUUUGGGACACUGCAUGUGCUUGUGCACUAUGAAUAGGUGGAUGCAUGAAAUAUCAUAUCGAUUAUCAGGUAUUUGUCACGAGAAUUUCAGAGGACCUCACAAAAGAAGACCUGGAAGCCUACUUCUGCCAGUUCGGAGAGCUCACCGACAUAUUUGUGCCACUAAAAAACCCAAACUCCGAGCAGAAGGAUUCAUCACACAAAGGUACUACACUUCAGUUUCUUUUGACCAAUUUUUGGGUAGUUUGAGUUUCAUUUUCUGCAUCAGAGCCUGGUCCGACAUUGAUAUCAGAUCUUUUCGUUUCAACAAUUGUUGCAGAAGAUUCAGUGUGAAAACAAGCGAAAUUCGAAGCAGACCAUCUCCAUCAUGAACACGCGUACAAACUAAUAAACCCAGGUAUCGCCUUCGUCUCUUUCAAGGAUAAGGACACCUACGAGGAGGUAUUAUCCCGUGACAAGUACGAGAUAAAGCCAAACGUUUUCAUCGUUGUUGACAAAGCCGCAGGGAAGGAACCAAGAUCAAAGGGUGCAAUGAAGGGGGCGGGCAAAGCGCACUGGGCCGCCAUGAUGAAGGGCAAGUAUGGCGGAAAAGGCAUGGGCAAGUGGGGCGACUAUUACGGUAUACUUGUUGAUUACAGGACUUUUCAACAAGAAAAGCAUGCGGAUUUCGGAUUUUGGAAUAGCAUGUAGUUGUCAUUCGACGUCCGGAACUUGAUUUUUUUUUGAAAUGCGCGAUGUAUUCAAUCGGAAUUUGACUUUCUCAAGCAGAAUUUGUAAAAGAAAAAUCCAAAAUCAGACGACUGGGACUGGUGGUGGGGUCCGCCGAUGCCGAUGCCCCGAGGCAAGGGAGGCCCAAUGAUGGACCGCUGGGGACCAUACUAGCCGUAUACUCAUCGUGCUAGACUAUUACAAACAGCGAAAAAAUUAAAAGUGCGGUUUUUGCAACAGCAUCACAAAUACCUUUUCUUCCCCCAAUAAAAACACAAAGAUUGUUCCCCCCCUUGAUGUUGAUUUUUCUCUUUUUUCACUUUUUGAAACGGAAACUGUCAUAGUUGAAAUUGAAUAUGUAGGAGUCAGUGUGUUUGGUGGUAGCAGCACACGAUUUUCAAUUUUGGUCACAGGAGUAAGAUCGAAAUUGAAGAGUUUGAGCAACUGUCGACAAUACAGUCCCUCCUCUAGAGAAUCAGAACUACACGAUGGAUUCUUGCUAACGGAGAGUUUGUGCUAGGUUGUUACUCCUAUGUUACCCUUCUCAUUUUCAAACAACAGAUUAACAAGGAUUUCACUGGCUUUGACUUUUUUGUCUCAGAACUCUUCAGUACCUCGGACGGGAAAAAAAAUUUGGCUGGUGAAGAAAGAGACGCCUUUGUGACGCGAUUGCGUCUACUUUGCAAAGGAUAUUUCGGGCAAAGAAAGCAAGAGAUAUUUUCUUAAAGAUUGCACCAGACGAGAAACUGAAAAGUCGACGCGCAGUGCCGGAGUACUGAUCGUAUCGGUUCCUUUAUCUGCGCUGUUCUUUUGGUUUUACCUGCGC